GUCAUUAAAAGUUCUUCAAUGCACAAAAAUGGUUAUGCAAUUGAAAAACUUCUUAAACGUAAAUUAUGCCGUGAAGAAUAUGAUCAUUUAUUAUUUUGGUCUAGUUCAAUAUGUCAUUUGGGUACAGAGAAACCAGAAUUCAAAUAUCUCAUCAUCGGUGAAGAAUGGUUGUAUACAAUGACCCAUCCAAAACGACAACUUGAAAGUAGAAUACACUUUAGUUCAAUUUUAGGUGUUGGAUGCAUUGGAGAUUUAGCUAAAUUUUUAAGCUGUCAAAUUACACGAAAUUAUAAUCAUAUCUGUGUGGAAUUUAUUGUUAGUGUACCACAGAAGUAUCAAUAUUUUGGUGAUACUGUCAAGACGAUUGAACAAAACGUGAAGUUGAAAAAAGGAGGAAAAGACAAAAGCAGCAAGAAAUCAACCGAUGGGAAUGAUUCAAACUGCAAACACGCUGGGGAUGCAUUACUCUCUGAUGUCAAAGAUGAGCGUCCGGAAGGUAACAGUGAGAACUGUGAUGGCAAUGAAGCUGUUGAUCGUGUGAUCAAUAUUACUCAACGACUACACAUCUAUCUGAACGAUAAUGGCUUCAUCGGUUUUGAAAUUCUACAAAAAGCAGUUCGUGCAUGGCAUCAAUCGCAUAAAGGAUUUAAAAAUAUGAUCAAAAGUUUACUGCAUUUGCAGAAUUUUCAAAUCCACAGUGAAACAAAUCUACAGCCGACUUUAUCGUCAACAUCAACUCCAUCACCGUCAGGUACAGCAUCGACGUUGAACAUUGAAGCAUUAGUGGCUAAUGCAACUCGAAGAAACACAAUCGCCUAUUCUACAACAGCUAUGAAUGAAGAUUUACAACAGUUGAUGAGUAUGUUUAAACCUUUUCCACAAAAUGGUAUAACAUCAACUCUUGAGGUAUCUACAUAUCAAGCGAAUACAAUUGAUGCUACACUGACUGAUUAUUUAAACAAAAUUGAUCAGUGGAUCAAUAGAGCCAAGGAGAUCAAUGAGAUACUAUCGGUUAGAAGACAAAACUGCAGUAAAUUUAAUUAUUUAUUUGAUGAACAUUUAUAUCAUCUGGAGAGUAUUUUAAAUCCAGUUUAUCAAAACUAUCCAAAAUGUUUUCCUGUCAAGUUGUGUGACAAGACAAUAAAAGUGCUGGAAAUUUUGGUGACACAGUUCACCUCUACUUUACCCGAACAACCAAUCUCAAAUGAAAAUCCAAUGACUCAGAUAGUCGAUGAUCUAGAAGGCAGUUUUCAAAGAAAUUUGACCACACCACUAACACAAACAUCCAUUCGUCAACAAAUGAAACUUGUUCUACGUCUAUUGACCUCCAUCAAUUCUCUACUAUCAUUCAUUUUACCAGUUUAUAUAGAGUCGAAUGAUGAAAAGGUCAAGGAUAAAAUCUCACUGACAAUCAAUGAAAUACUUUCAAGGCGAAAAUUGAAAAAGAUUAUUCUACAUCUUAUUGAACAUUUAACGAGUAUACCACUUUUAAUCAAUGCCUUCUGUGUGGAUGUAAAUGAUUCACAGAGUUCAACGAAGCAUAACUGUUAUCAAAUUGAAUUGGAAGCAUGGAUUAGGGCAUAUGAAAUGAAGAGACUAGAUUUAAUAGGUGACAAUAUUGAAUGUUCCAGUGAUUGGUUAAACUAUAUCGAUGCCACGACUUCCAAUUCACCAUCAACAAUACGAAAUAUUUUAAACAAGAAUUCUGAAAUUGGCGAUUUUGUACACAAUUUAAACUAUCAAAUAAAUUGUCUGCUUUGUGAAUUAAUCUGCAAUACAUCGUCGGCAUCAGUGAGAUUUAGUACAUCGACAAUUAGCUCACCGAGAGAUGAUCCCUCUUCUCAUGAAGACUGGAUCCGAGAAAUCAUUCACAGUAUGCUUAUAGACUCAAAACAAUCAAUUAUGUACUUGCUGGACUGUCUUAUAGCUCAUGCAUGCACACGAUUUAAUUUAUUAUGUUCAAAAGUGUUGUUCAAUCGACCUUCUCCUACGACAACUCCUUCUUUGGCAAGUAUUAAUCCUACUGAUGAUCUAGAUGAGAAAGAAUCGAUUUCAACGAUUAUCAGAUCAUUAUUUAUUAUCGAUUGGUUAACCGAUCAAUAUCCUUAUUUAAUUCAGUCAGUGAAAGAGGUGAACUGCAGUGAUUUAUUUCAAAUUUUUAAUUCGAAACGAAUCCUUGCACUGAUCAAUAAACUGAAUGAAAAGAAUUCAGCUAAUCUUGCACAAAUUAAACUGAUUAAAUGUGUUCUAGCUGCAUUGGUCAGUCGGUUGUACGGGAAGCUGGGUAGAAAUGUUCGCGAUUGGACUGGCGAUUAAUUCUGAUGUUAAAAGUAUCAUGAAUUUAAUUUUGUCAGUUUUAAUAGUAAUAAUAUUAAUAAUAAUAAU